GUGUCUGCAUAUUGAUGAGCUCUUGAGGUGAUUUUCCGUUACAGAGGACGUUUACAGCGAGUGUUAAAGCUCCUGCACAAACACACGGCUGAAAACACGCUCUGAGCCACGAGGAUCUGUCCGUGGUGCUGAUGAUGCUGAUGCUGCUGCUGUUGUCGUGUCUGGCUGCAGCCCCACGUCUCCUGCUCUCAACGUGCCCACGGAAAUGUUUCUCCUUCGAUGUAUCGGCAUGCGUCACUGACGUCAGCUCCAAGACUUUUAGUGUGUGGCAUCGGUAGUCACAGGGUUUGGGACUGCUGCCCGACGCCCAAAAAAAAAUUUGAGAAGACACAAGAGAAGCACGUGUAGUGGGUGGUCCCCGGCAGACUCCUUUCACGUGGCUCUAGCGAGCUCAGAUCUCGAGCCCGAGCCGUCGAUCCUUUAGUCUGGUGCGGCAAGAGCAAGAGACAACAUCGACAACAUGGCAGUGGAGAUGGAACCCGCGGAGUAAGUGCGCUUUCCUUUAAGGGGUCUUCUUAGUUUAGAAGUGAGUUUUAGCUGAUAGUUUAGUGAUUUUUAAAACAAACUGAACAACCUAACCUGAGUGACUGCCUUUUAGGAAAACAUGUAGAGAUUCUUAAAUAGAAGACUAAUGCAUGUUUUGGAUGUGGAAUCUUAAAUUACGCAUCGAAUUGUAAGGGAUUUACUACAGUUCAUUCACUAUUUUCUUGCAUUUGUUGCAUCUUUCUAAAAGUUUAUGCCUGUUAUUACAAAUGAGAAGUGCAUGAGAGUUUUAUUAUGUAGUGCACAUAUUGUUAUUGAGAAAUCUAAAGGUAGGUUUAUACAUCCUAAGUCAUUUUCGGUGACGCUGUUUUUUUUUUUUUUUGGUCGUCUGCGUACAGUCUGUGCCUCCAUGUGCUGCUUGUUUUGAUUGAUACUAGAACCUCCCAUCCAGUGUCUAAUACGCUUUUUCAUUGAGAAUACAGCCCGUCUUUUUCACUGCUUGUUCGUCGUUCGGUCUAAUUCGCAUGUGUUUCUCAUUUCACCGGGGAAGUCACUGCGUAAAUGGUCGAUUAGAACCGUUUAGUUCUCGUUUAUGAUUCCGUGAGAGGGGCGGGUCCAGACUCUGUACAUUGUGUGCGUUUCAUUCACAUGUGCCUGUUGAACUGAUAUCCCCUCCACCCCUCUGACAAAGAUGUGGGUGCGCUUUUCUUAUUGGUUACUGGUUAAGGGGAGGCAGGGGGCUUGAGUUAUACGGUGGGUGAGAACCGCAGAUGCUGCAAAUAUAAAAUAAUGCAAUAAAAUGAAUUAAAUUAAAAAUGAUUUCACAAUGUAAGUAACUGAUGCAAAAAAAAAGGAACCGAAGCCCACUGCAAAUAAAAAAAAAAUGGUGAAGAUAAAAAAGCUACAAUUGAAGUUAACGAUGCAAAAAAAAAGUGGCAAUGGAAAAAAAAGUUACUUACUGUGAAAAUAAAAGGAUGCAAAUAAAAAAAGCCACAAUAGAAGUGAGCUGCCAGGGACCAAUAAUGAUGAUGCAUCAGUGUUUAACGAUCUAGGCACAGAAGACGACGACGAAAAGACGAGCAAAGAAGUUAGUGGAAAGGUUACUGUUUAAUUUAGCUUCGUAAACUUUUCUCUGUGUCAUUUGGUUUGGUCAUGUGGCGCCUGAGUCGAUAUGAAGUUGAACUGGAGGAGUAGUGUUAGUUCAGUUCGACUUCAUACCGACUCAGGAGCUACAUGACCGAACCAAACGACACAUUGAAAAGUUUACGAGGCGAAAUGAAACAAUAACCUUUCUGCUAACUUCUUUGCUCGUCCUCUCGCCGUCGUCUUCUGUGCCUAUAUCGUAAAACUUGGGUGCAUCAUCAUUGUUGGUCCCUGGCAGCUCACUUCCUUCAUGGCUUUUUUUAUCUGCAUCCUUUUAUUUUCGCAGUAAGUAACUUUCUUUUUCCAUCACCCCUUUUUUUUGCAUCCUUAACUUCCGUUGUGGCUUUUUUAUCUGCACCGUUUCUUUUUUUAUUUGCAUCAGUAACUUCCAUCGUGACUUCUUUUUUCUUGCAUUCUUUUUUAAUUUGCUUCAGUUGCGGUUCUCGGCCACUAUAUAAUUCACAAUGCUCUAAAAAUUUUCAGUCAGGCUGGUACCAGAGAGACACCAAGAGCGCUGUUUGGCUCAUGUAGUCUCAGAGCAUCAGUAAGCAGUGUUUACCCAGAGUCCAGACAACGCCACUGACCCGUGUCUCUGUGGCAAAAUGGCACGUGAAAGAGCACAGAAGUUCCUGCAGCGUGAUGCUGAUGAGGCGGCAGCAGCAGCAGCAGCAGGGACGAUAGGAUGAAUAGAAAGCAGUUGAAACGUCCAGCAGAUGGCUCUGAAGUGGGACGGCUCUCUCCACACGCGGCACGCUCCCCGCUCACGUCUUGUUUUGACAGGAACAGCUCACACAUUUUUCUGUUGACAGUUUGAGUCAGAAGAUCUGAGUCUAAAUGUGUGACAGCGUCUGAGAAUAAAACGGUGUCGGCUCUGCGGAGACUGACAGAAGUGAAUAACACCAGAUACAACAGAAAAAAUAGCUCUGACAAAGUGAUUUGUAGUUUUGACAUAAAUCUUUUUUUUCCUUCCCCACAGUGUCAUCCGUCUGAUCAUGCAGUAUCUCAAGGAGAACAAACUCUUCAGAACUCUGAGCACCCUACAGCAGGAGACCACCGUCUCUCUUAAUACUGUAGAAAGUAUUGACAGCUUCAUCGCAGACAUCAAGACUGGUCACUGGGACUCGGUCUUGCUGGCUAUCGAGUCUUUGAGGUUACCUGACAACAUCCUUAUUGACCUCUAUGAGCAGGUGAGUUUUUAUAUUCAUCAGCUGAAACCUUUCUUGGCUUUAGUUGUCAAGGUUGGCUGACGGGGACUGAUCUCUUUGCCAGGUCGUGAUGGAGCUGAUUGAAAUGAGGGAGGUGGGCGCAGCUCGCUCACUCCUCAGACAAACGGACCCCAUGAUCAUGAUGAAGCAGACACAGCAUGAGAGGUACCUCCACUUGGAGAACCUGCUCACAUGCUCCUACUUUGACCCUCGAGAGGUAAGAUAAGAUAAGAUAUUCUUUUAUUCUUUUAUUCGUCCAACAAGAGGAAAUUUCAAAUCUACAGCAUUGAUAAAUACAAAGGAGAAAUUAGAAAGAAGAAACUUAUGAGUUCAAAGUAAAAGAUAUAUACAUGAGUGUUAUGUUUAUAGCCCUUAAUUGCCUUUUGUAUCAUAUUUGAUACAUACUUUUAUGAUACUUCUAUCAAAUCAAUUUAAUCAACGAAUUACUAAAAAAAACAUCUUAAUACAGUACAAUAAAUGAUAAAAAUGUCCUCUUGUGGUUUAUCAGUUUCCAAAAACAUCUAAUGUAUCAAACAAGAUAAAUAGAUAAAUAUAUUUCUUUUAAAUUUUAAUGACAUUUUGAUUUGUUUGGUUUUCAGUAGUAAGUGAAAUAAACAUUUCAGCUCCCAAAAAAUUCAAAUUUUCUGGUCAUAAUUUAUGGUUUCAGGCAUUAAAGGGAUAGUAUAAGAAAUUAAAGGAUGAGACUUUCAGAAAUCGUUCCCCUCUAGGCUACAUUUUUAUAGAGCACCUCCCUCUCUCUGUCACUACAGGCGUACCCCAAAGGCAGCAGCAAGGAAAAGCGGCGUAGGGCGAUCGCCGAGGCUCUGGUUGGGGAGGUCUGUGUGGUGCCUCCUUCUCGCCUCCUUGGGCUCCUGGAUGAAAUCGGAGUGAGUAUUCAUAUCAGUAACCCUCUGGGUACUUACUCUAAUUAUCUAACAAGGUAAAUCAAUAAUCAUUGCAGUCUUUGAAGUAUUUUCCUCAUUUUCUUUCUUUUUUACCUCAAGCCACUUUCUUUAUCCGUACCCUCGGGUUCAUAGAGGCCCUGAAAGAGUUUUUUUUUUCAGGGCAGCGACUUAGUAUAAGUGACGGUGACAACAAUAAACAUGCUGUCCUGCCAAAGUAAGAAAAGAAAAGAAAUGAAUAAAUGGCACAAACACCAAAGCCUGGGAUCUUUCACAUGUUCCCCCUUUGUUGAUUGAUUUGAUAUCUAACACAGUUGAAAUAAUACAGCCUUGAUGCACCUCUGCAUGGAUGCUUGUUGGAGAAAUAGCACCACCAACUGUUUGUUUCGAUGUGCCCAACUCCCAAUACCUACUUGCAUGAUAUUGUUAAAUGGAAGUACUCUGGUGUCACGUUCACAACAAGCCCAAGUAGAGUAGUCUAUUCGCUUAAUUUGCUCGUAUCCGAACUCACGAAUAUUGUGUAUGUGCUCGCUCAAUUCGUGAUAAUUGUCUGCUCAAUUCGCGCUAGUAGAAUGCGCCGUCUAUCGUCGUGCCUUGACUUUACAUAUAAUUCACUUGCGCAAUGAUUGUACUGGUGCUUGUUGUGAACGUGACAUAACUUAAAUAGAGUUGUUAUGUAUUUUUAUAUUUUCUGUAUUUUUAUACUGCACUAAAUCCAACUGACUACCAUGAAUCGACCAAUUGAAACCCCACACAGCUGCACUGAUGCCGAAUUUUAACUGGGGUUCAGCUCUUAAGUAUAAUGACCACCUUUUAUUACCAGAAUUGAACUUGAAGAGGAAGUAGAUCAGAGAAAGUCUGACCUUCUGUCAGUUCAUUACAUAAAAUGAGUCGCACAGAUUGGUCAAGUUACGGUUCAUACUGCAAAAGUAUGUGUCUAUGUCAGCAGAUACAUCACCCCUGCUCUGAGUCAACUAUCAGUUUUCUGCUGCGAGUCAUUCAAAUAAAUUGCUGCACCCCAGGACAUUUCUUUGCACUCUGGAUUCAGUUACUGUUGACAAAGAAAAAAGCUGCAGCAGCAACUACAUAAAGUUUCCUGUCAUCCCUGUUCCUCACAGUCUAUGAGACUGCAGGAGUCUUCGGACAGCUCCCCGGACUCCACCAUUGACUCGUACGGCAAAAAGGAGAAAGAGAAAUGCCCAAACCAGCUGUACCGGCACAUCAAGGUAGACCACCACAGGCUCUGCAAAACAAAAUAUCAAGUUCUUCUUCAUUCUUGUACUACACUUGACUCUCUGUAUGGAAAUGAUUUGGUAAAUGUAAGACCUUUGGGAAAGAAUACCUUCUCUGUAUACUAGACUUCUCUUUUAUUGUUGAGUCACAGAGACACAUAAGUACCAAACUAAUUGCUUUGCCCUCCUGAAGGCUCUAGUCUUGGUCUCUCGCUGUGCUUUCAUCACUGGCGUCCAGAUGGAGCUGCAUGUCCCGCUUGCUUGUCCUUUCCCUUUGCUGCCCAAGGUGAUGAGAGGUCCGGUCAGACCCAACGUUUUCACAUCGCUGCAUGCUGGAAAACCUGCUUUCAUGCUGUUGUGUCUGAUAUUUAUUCCUGUUUGUGUAUAAUGUUGGUUUUCUAACAACAGACAGACAGAGAUGAGCAUGUUUUGCAAAUCUGUCAACAAGGUGUUGCUUUUUGUCGUUUUAACCUGCAGUUCGGACGGCGGUCACAUGUGGAGUGCGCACGUUUCUCUCCUGACGGCAGGUACCUAUUCACUGGAUCAGUGGACGGGUUCAUCGAGAUCUGGAACCACGCCACUGGGACAAUUAGUAAGGUGGGUGUCAUGGGUGUCAUAUACUGACAGUGAAAAACACAGAGACAUCUCAUAUUCUUUACAUUUAUUUCACUUGUUUUUUAAAUUGUUUUUCUCUGCUUUUGUGUGUUUGUAUCAGGAUUUGAAGUAUCAGGCACAGGACAGCUUCAUGAUGAUGGACGAUGCUGUGCUGUGUAUGUGCUUUAGUCAGGACUCAGAUCUUCUCGCAACUGGAGCACAGAACGGCAAAAUAAAGGUGGGAUAUUCAUUCUCUAAGUCAAUAAAUUGGAACAACUGUUUCACAUUAAGGCCUUUUUCAUGCUAAAGAUUUCCACUAGUGUAGGGAAAUUACUAUUAGUCCAGGUGUUGUCAGCAGGUUAACACUCAUGAAGUCUUUGUUUCAUUACAUCUCUGCUGUCUUAUUACAUCUUCUUUCCUGAAAAUUGUUUUGGAAAGGUGUGGAAGAUCGCGAGUGGCUUGUGUCUGCGCAGGUUUGAGCAUGCCCACAACAAAGGUGUGACAUGUCUGAGCUUCUCUAAAGACAACGACCAGAUCCUCAGCGCCUCCUUUAACCCAACUAUCAGGUGGGAUUUAAUCACGACAUGCUCUGUAUACAAUGAACUGCUUACUAAUAUCCAUGUUCAGUACUUUGAAAACUCAGAGCAAACUAUGAAGACAUGAUAAACAUUCUGUAUCAACGAUCUCAAUUGCACAAAAUAUCAUAAAAACUUAAAAAUAAACCUGAAAGCAAAUGGGGAGAUGGGAAAACUCUUAAAGAAUAGAUUGACAUAUAGAUAAGUGUUACAUAUAGGGAAGAAUACAUUAAAUAUAACAGAGAAAGGCUUUAAAAUAGAAGUGCAAAAUGACAAAAUCAAAUUUAACACCAGUUUAUUGCCCAAUUACUUCAAACAGACACAAAAAUAAACCAAGAUGGCUCCUUUUCAAGGUUCUGCAGCCAAGCAAGUCUUCGUUUGUCUGCGGUGGGAGGAACGGAGAGCUCACGCUGACCUCAGACAUGAUUCACAAAUGUUUCAAAGGCGUAAACACAACUGUGAGUUCAGCUGGAAGGCAGAAAACACUUUCACUUCCCACAUUGGAUUAGCCAAAUGUUGGCUCAACAAAGCAUGUAAAAGACAACAGGUGUGAUGAGUAGAGAAGUAGUUGAGAAAGGCGUCAAAACUGCAAAAAAACAAAACAACAAACUACUAUUUUCUUCAUGAAUUUUGUAGUAAAAAUCUCUGUGCACUUUGUUUUUCUGAACAGUGGGGUACAGCACAUCUGAGGUUGUGAUAUUUUGUUAAUUAAUCACUUGUAAUGAAGGGAUUAGGCCUCUUUUAAGCUUCAAGGAAAAUGAGUUUAGCCAAUAACUACUCCCACAGUGUGCAGAAUGCUCACAAGCAGACCUUGGCACAAUAUUUCCCCCUCGGGAGUCGGCUGCAGAGAUUGAUUUUGGUCACGUUUCAAGGGAUUUCAUUUUCAAGGUUUACUUCAUAAAAUGAUGACUGUCCAACUAAGUCUUAAUAUCUUUUAAAAACAUACAUAAUUAAAUGUUUAUGUAUAACCUUUUUGGGUAUAUCAGGAAUUACAGGAGUGCUGCAGGAUGUUGCAUCGAAUUGCAAUGCAUUGUGAAAUUACUGAACGUUAUAUGUUUGUGUUAUUCCUGGAUUUUUUCAUGUCUUCAAUCUAAUUAGAAAGUGUACACUGAAGACCUGCAUUAUAAGAUCAAUUAAAGCAGCUCUGGUUAUAAUUAACAUUAACAGUAACUGUUGGUUUUGAAGUUAACCACUAUUUAAAAUGAGCAUUAUCCAGGAUUUCACUACAAAUCUUUGAAAGACUCUUAAAUCCUCUGCAGACGGUAGCCUCCAGCAGCAGAUGGUACCAUAUCACAUGUUGCACAUGAGUUGUGCAUCUGAGUGUAAACAAGCCAGGAUAAGGUGCCUCUCCCUCCGUCUCAAGCACACGUACGCACACACGCAAAAAAAAAAAAGAGCGAAUCUCCUUCAGACUUGAGGAGCUGAAUCUCUAUUUUUGCCUGCAGGGGGGUGUGGGCUGAGCCUCUCCGCUGAGGUGGAAGCACAUGUGCUGUGUGGGUGUAACUCAGAGACCAUGUGCUCAGGCACAAAGCUGCAACGUGUUCCUCCACUUACAAAUCCACGAGCCGGGAGACUGAAUUGUUUACAUAUGCUCAAUCAUCCUCCAGAAGACGGAGUGAAUCACGGAGCUUUAGACAUUUUGUCAUGGUUUAGCUAAUCUGCUCCCAGUCACUGUACUCCAGAGCUAAAAAUACACCACACCCAGAGUGGUGCAACGCGUUAUGCCUGCUCUUGAGUAAAAUUCCCUUCCUUGCGGAAUAAAGAUGGAUUUGUAAAUGAAUCAGAGCUGCUUUUUUUUAUUUGAAAUACCUUUUUUUGUUAACACCUGUUAUGGCAAAAUGUCAUUUUUAGAAUCCAUGAACUGAGGUCGGGCAAGACACUAAAGGAGUUAAACGGCCAUUCAUCAUUUGUAAAUGAUGCAGCUUUUACCCAAGAUGGAGCUCACAUCAUCAGUGCAUCAUCUGAUGGCACAGUUAAGGUACAGUGAGCACCUUAUAUGACAAUCAUUGAUGUCUGGAUCAUAUCAGUAUUAUAAAGAAAUCUCUCAUUGUUUCUGUUUUCUGUGUAUGUUUCAGAUUUGGGAUGCAAAGUCCUGCGAAUGCAUCCGCACUUUUAAAUCCCUGAACUCAGAUACCCCCGUCAACAAUGUGAUUCCCCUUCCGCAAAAUCCAGAGCACUUUGUGGUCUGUAACCAUUCCAACACGGUGGUCAUCAUGAACAUGCACGGACAGGUGAGAACACGAGCACCGUCCACGCUGUAGCUGUUGAGAUACGAUAAUGAAUGUCUGCUAAAUGUCCGCUCUUCCUCCUCAGACUGUGAAGACUUUCAGCUCGGAUGUAAAAGAGGGAGGUGACUUUGUUUGCUGCACUCUGUCACCUCGCGGGGAGUGGAUUUACUGUGUGGGAGAGGACUAUGUGCUUUACUGCUUCAACUACAGGACAGGCAGGCUGCAGAGAACGCUGACUGUAAGCUCCACUGUGCAUUAUACCUCUGCUCUUGUGAGAUGUUUUUUAUUAAAAACCCGGACAGCCGCUAUUUUCUGAAGUUAUAUCUUGACUUGUUUGACUUUGCGUGACUGCUGCUAUGUAGUGAUCCUCCUGAGAGCUAACAAGGAAACAUCGAGGCUGACUGGAAACUGUGAAUGUGUGGUGAUCUGUGUCCCUCUGUACCCACAGGUUCACGAGAAAGAAGUAAUUGGCAUCAUCCACCACCCACAUGAGAAUCUUGUCGCCACAUACAGCGAGGAUGGUCUCUUGAGGCUAUGGAAACCCUAAAUAAACUGUCACCUGCAUCAUGAUAUGGAAGACCCAGACAGCUCUACUCUUGGUUAUAAAGCAACUCAGUCAUUUCUGUGUAACACUUUAAAAAGGAUUCAUGCAAACAGAGGCAUUCAUUCAUCUGUAAAAUAUAAACAUAUUCAUUCAGUUUACUCAUACAAUCUUUUCCAGCUUUCAUGAAACUUUCAUGGAAAAUGUGUCUGAGUCUGAAGUGUCUCGUUAAAACUGGACCUUGAACAGCUUAGAAAACCAUCAGUUCAGUAGCAAAUGAGUAAACUCCGUGUGACGGGACCAAACGCUCUACGACGGCUAUCAAUUCAAUGACAGUUUCCAACUUCAGAUCAUUUAAAAAAAUGAUUAGAGCCAAAUAUUAUGCUUCAUUUUGCAUACUCACUAAAUAAUGCUGAUGGCAAAUGAAAUAAUAGACUCUGAUUUUAAGGCCAUCCGUUUUCUACAUAUUCAGAUUUUGAAUGAAUAUAACGCAAACACCACAUCCAACCACUGAACUACAACUCAUUUUGACGUAGUCAUCGUUUAUAUCUUCCCAUCACAUGCAUCGUCACAAAUUUAUACAUCAAAUUUUUGUAAUGAUUAACGUCUACAUCCCCUGCUGUAAAAACUUCAGUAGCACCGUCUGGGCCCUCCAUACUGUACACACACUUCCUCAUGGAUCCAACUUCACCAGUGCAGUUUUAAUCCCCAUUUUCAUCUCUUGUCUUUUUAUCAGACAUGAAAAUGCAUGAUGGUGAACUGUCGUGAAAAUAGUAUCAUAAAAAGUGCUUCUUGUUUGGGCAUAAACAAACAAUAUCAGGUAUUUGAUUUGCCAGCUUUGGAUUUUAAUAAUACUUUUGUAUCAAUCGAAGAGCAUUGACUCAGAUGUAAUGACUUGUAUUGUCCUGUGUCCCCUGCAUGCUACCUCAGUACAGUCUAUAUGUGGCUCUACAAUCAUUUUGAGUAUUCUUAAAAAUAUGCAUGAUGAUUACUGACAAACCUCAGUUGAGCUUCCAUGUUAGUAUAUAAUGUAUUUAUAGCUGUCAUAUUAUUGUCAGUUUGUUGCAUUGACUGUAAACUGUAUCCCUGUGUAUCAGAUAUGACUGCAGGAAAUGGAGCUACUGCCUUGGUUAAUGUUUUGUUUUUGGUACAAUCUGUGAAGGACAAAAAGGCGUCACAAUAAAUCAAUAAAUGAACAGAUAAAUUAAUAAAACGGUAAUGAAAAGGGCAAUUUAUAUUUUUAGAUUAUUUACAGCUGCAUUUUUGCAGGCGUUUAGUUGUUUUGUUAUCUCAAAAUAUUUUAUUCCUAUGUUUGGUCAUUUAUGAAUUUGUGAGAUAAAAGGAGUAAAUAUAUUUCAGGAUGCAUGAGACAUCCUUUCCUUGAGACGUCUCCAAGGCAACGCCCGUUUGUGAGAAAAGUGUGAGCUGAUUAUAUUUUUGAGUCAGCUCUGACGGCUGUUUGUGUCUGCACAAGUGAACUGUUUUCAUUCUAAUAAAAUACACAACAGUGA